AAUAACGGAAACCGCGCACACGGAAUUAAUAGUCUAUGAAGAGAAGAGAGGUGUAUAUUCAUUAAUUCCUGUUUGCGAAGUUCAAUUUGACAUUUUCGAUGGAGUCUCAGAGUCAGAGAGAUCGCAGAACAGAUGCUCUCGGAGAUCUUCGACUCCUUCCCGACGAAAUCCUCUGCACUAUUUUGGAACGUCUCACUCCCCGAGAUGCUGCUCGGGUCGCUUGCGUUAGCAGUGUGAUGUACAUACUGUGCAAUGAAGAACCACUGUGGAUAACUCUAUGCCUAAAAGGAGCAUCUGGUUUGCUUCAAUACAAAGGCUCUUGGAAGAAAACUGCCCUACAUAAUGAGAAUCUGCCAGACAAAUACAAAGAGUACCAUCGAGGGCCUUUAUAUUUUGAUGGGUUCAACUCUUUAUUUCUGUACAGGAGAUUAUACCGCUGUCAUACCACAUUGGAGGCAUUUUACGCAGAUAACGGAAAUGUGGAAAGAAUAAAAGACAUCUCUCUGAGUCUGAAGGACUUCUAUAAUGAAUAUGAUGCAAAGAAACCGGUUAUGCUUACUGGAUUGGCUGAUACAUGGCCCGCCCGGCAUAAAUGGACAACUGAUCAGCUGUUGCAAGACUAUGGAGAUGUAGCAUUUAAAAUUUCUCAAAGGAGUUUUGGGAAGAUCUCCAUGAAAUUCAAGGAUUAUGUCUCAUACAUGAAAGUUCAGCACGAUGAAGAUCCCUUGUAUAUUUUUGACGAAAAGUUUGGUGAAGCUGCACCUAACUUAUUGAAGGAUUAUUCUGUGCCUUAUCUUUUUCAAGAAGACCUCUUUGAUAUCUUAGAUACAGAUAAACGACCAUCCUAUAGGUGGCUCAUAAUUGGACCAGAGAGAUCUGGGGCCUCUUGGCAUGUUGAUCCAGCUCUAACCAGUGCAUGGAAUACCCUUCUUUGUGGCCGUAAAAGGUGGGCAUUAUAUCCUCCAGGAAAAGUGCCUUUGGGUGUGACAGUACAUGUCAAUGAUGAAGAUGGCGAUGUCAAUAUUGAGACUCCAUCUUCACUGCAGUGGUGGCUAGACUUCUAUCCUCUUCUUGCGGAUGAAGACAAGCCAAUUGAGUGUACACAACUACCUGGAGAAACAAUUUAUGUUCCAAGUGGAUGGUGGCACUGUGUGCUAAAUUUGGAAACAACUAUUGCUGUCACACAGAAUUUUGUGAAUUCCAACAACUUUGAAUUUGUAUGUUUGGAUAUGGCACCUGGUUAUCGUCAUAAAGGAGUUUGUCGUGUUGGGUUGCUUGCUCUUGAUGAAGAUAGUUAUGAAAAUGUCAGACAGAACAUGUCAUGUAAAGAAAAGGAUUCAAGUUACUCUUAUUUGUCAAGGAAAGAGAAAAGAGCUAAAACUCAGAAAGAUGUAGAUGAUCUGUAUUGUGAAAGAGCCAUAAAUGGUGCAUCUAGAAGCUACAAUUUAUGGAAAGAUGGAUUUUCUUAUGAUAUAAACUUCUUAUCCAUGUUUUUGGAUAAAGACAGAGACCACUACAGUUCCUUGUGGAGCUCAGGCAACAGCAUUGGUCAGCGAGAACUAAGAGAAUGGUUAUCUAAGCUCUGGAUUCAAAAACCAAAAAUGAGAGAAAUAAUAUGGAAGGGAGCAUGUAUUGCUCUAAAUGCUGACAAGUGGUUAGAAUGCCUAUCAAAAAUUUGUGCCUUCCAUAAUUUGCCCCCUCCCACUGAUGAUGAAAGGCUUCCAGUUGGCACGGGUAGCAAUCCUGUUUAUUUAGUGGGAAACUCUGUCGUCAAGAUUUUUGUUGAAGGAGGACUGGAAGCUUCACUUUAUGGUUUAGGCACAGAGCUAGAGUUUCAUAGUCUGUUGCAUGAAGCCAACUCCCCUCUCAGUAAACAUAUUCCCAAUGUUUUGGCCAGUGGGAUUAUUUAUCUUGAAAAUGGAUCUUAUAACCAUUUAAGUUGGGAUGGAAAAGGAGUCCCUGAUGUCAUUGUGAAGAACAAUCUAAUCAGUAAGAUAUGCAACGUCAAUGGUUUCUCAUUUGGGGUAUGGGGCAAGAAACAGUUGGAGUAUAGAAAUGCUGGGAUGCUGGUGGAUGGAUCAGUUAGCUUAGAUGGUCACUCAAGCAUAUGGCCAUAUAUGAUAACAAAGCGAUGUGAAGGGAAUAUGUUUGCGGAAUUAAGAGACAGACUAACAUGGGAAGAUACAACAAAAUUGGCCUCCUUCUUGGGGGAACAGCUGUGCCACCUUCAUCUUUUGCCAUAUCCACCCCUAAAUAUUUCAUCUUUUUCUGAUAUUGAAAAUGACCUAAGCGUGGUUGAGGCUAAUGGUUGCAUUGCAACUAUUAACUGUAAAUCAAACGCUGCAGCAGAAUGGGGGCUCUUCACCAGAACCUUAACAAAGAUGAGGAAGGAUGUGUCAAGCCGUUUGACCAAGUGGGGAGAUCCAAUUCCUAGCAAACUGAUAGAGAAGAUUGAUGAAUAUAUCCCACCUGAUUUUGCUGAGUUGUUAAAUAUAACCGAGAAUUUUGGAAAUCAUGCUAGUAAACCUUGCUCCUGGAUACACACUGACAUUAUGGAUGAUAACAUUUACAUGAAACCAUCAUUGGUUUGCUCUACUACCAGUGGGAAAACUGAAGAUAGCACCAUGGUGGACAAUGGUUCGUUGAGUAAUUAUGAAGUAAAAUCAUGGUAUCCUAGUCAUAUUCUUGAUUUCAGUGAUCUUUCGAUAGGUGAUCCUCUUUUUGACUUGAUACCAAUUUAUUUAGAUGUAUUGAGAGGUGAUUCGUAUCUCCUUAAGCAGUUUUUAGAAAGUUACAAACUUCCUUUUGCUAGUAACAUAUCAAGGUAUGAGUCAACAGAGAGUGAUCAAAAGUUUGGUCGACUUUCUUAUGUUGCCAUGUGCUAUUGCAUCUUGCAUGAUGAAAAUGUCUUGGGAGCUAUUUUUAGCAUAUGGGAAGAACUAAGAUCAGCAAAUUCAUGGGAAGAAGUUGAACUGACAGUUUGGGGAGAGUUGAACAAUUACAAAGGCUUUCCGUGACCAUUGGCCGUUUAAGUGAUUUUGGAGCCCGAAUGCACGUCAGAACCCCGGUGAUCCUAAAUAUUCAACUUGUCCAGAGAGGAGUUUAAUCAAUUAGUUAACAUUAGCUUUUUAUCUAUUUCAUUGUUUGAAAAUUCAUAAUAAUGUUUCCUUCCCUGUAUAGUUAAUUUAGUAGUGAAAUCAUAACAUUUUUUCCUGGCAUAGAGCACUGUAAAAUCACAAAUUUUUUCUAUAAAUUCAAAAGUAAAUUAUAUGAAUAUAUUCUAACUUUAAAAUGGA